GAAAUAGGUAGCUAGAAGCCUUCCAAGCUUACUAAUUUAAAACAUUUGUUUAUUUUUUGUAUUUUAAGGAUAGUGAUCAUCUACCUUUCGUUAAAUAAGUUACUAUCUUUAAAAUGUCAGAUGAUACUGUUUCCCCUUCUUCUAAAAACGGCCUUGAAGAUAAAAAAGUUGAAACUAUGGAUGCCGGAGCUACGGUGUCUUCUAAUUCUUAUCAAAAAUGCUGUAGCUACAAUUGGAUUAAUGUAACCGAAGAGUUUUUCAAAGCAACUGAAGAAUUGGAACUUGGUGAACUUCUUCAUGAUGAUAUGUUUGGUUUGUUUGAAGCAAUGUCUGCUAUUGAAAUGAUGGAUCCAAAAAUGGAUGCGGGAAUGAUGUGCAAUAGAGGCAGCAAAAAAGUUUUGAAUUUUGACCAAGCACUUAAAGCUGGAAAAUUGAAAAUUAAAGAUUUAUCUGCUGAAGAACAAAUUGGUAUAAUCGAUGCAACUUUGGCAUGCUUGGUUACUUGGCUUGAGGGACACUCACUAGCACAGACUGUGUUUACCAAUUUGUAUCUUCAGAAACCCCAUCUUGUGGAAGAUAAAAUUAUAAGAGCCUUCAGUAUACAUCUGUUAAAAAUGUUGGAGGUCAUACGAGAUUUUGUAAACAAAGCUGGCGUGUUUGAAGAGGAAGAUUUUCAACCUGUUAUGUAUGGCUAUAAAUUAGCUAAUGAAAUACCAAUAGGAAAAGCAACCACAAUGAUGAAAGAAGUUGAAGAUGAACUUCAAAAAAAAGUAAAGAUUACUCGUUCCAAACCUGGCGAAGAGCAACCAACUGAAGUACAAAUACAACAUGAAGAUGCCGUAGCUUUAUGUUCUCGGAUAAAAUUUUGCAGAUUAUUUUAUCAAGCUCUCAUGACCUUUCAGAAAAAAAAGUGCCAAGCUGUUGAAGAAUGUGAUCGUUUUUUAAUUCAGUGUUUAGAGCUUAUUCCUGUCAUUGAAAAGACUAUACAUUUAGGUAUAAGCCCAGAUCCAAAGGCAGAAAGCAGCAACAGAGCUGACUAUCCAACAAUUUUGGGUUUUGAGCCUUUGGUCAAUCAACGUCUUUUACCUCCAACAUUUCCUCGUUACACUAAAAUCAAAACCCGCAAAGAAUCUAUGAAUUAUCUACUCUACCUGGUGACACGUCUCAGAACUAUCUGCAACAUUACUGAAUGUAUCACUUUUCAUUCCGCAUUGGAUUUUAUGAAUGAAUUCAGUAAAACUUCUCCUUGUGUGCUCUCUAGAUCUGUAUUACAGUUGUUAUACUUAAAUCAUUCUAAAUGCAGUGUUCCUGGCAAAGUGCUCGGUACUAUGCACAUAGUCGAUGUCUUAAGAGAUGCCAUUCGAUCUUUUAUUAAGCCACCUAUUCUAAUGCCAAGAUCCCCUCUGAUGAUGAAUUUGCAAACUAAGGAAUAUGUCGAAAGCUUUCUCGGUCAUUGUGUUCGACCUUUCUGCACAUUAAUACAGAUAACUGGGCACAAUAGAGCAAGACAGAGAGACAAGCUGUCUCACUUAAUUGAGGAGUUAGCUGCACUACAGGAAGAAGCUGAUAAAGUGGAUGCGUACCUUCACAAUGUUUCGACUAACUUGGACAACCAUUUUCCACAUUUGGCUUGUUUUGGAACUUGGGUUCUUUACCACAUCCUAAAAAUCAUGAUUCAAUAUGUUUUGUCAGGAUUUGAAUUGGAACUAUACUCUAGUCAUGAAUAUACCUACAUAUUUUGGUAUUUGUAUGAGUUUCUAUAUGGGUGGAUGGUAUCUGCAUUAUCAAGAGCUAAUAGUUACCUCAGUGAACAAGAAUGUAAAGCUGAACAAAUGUCUCAAAAAGGAAGAAAUUCUAAAAGGAAUAAAAAAAAGAAGAGGAUUCAACCACACAAGCGUGAAAUUAUACUUACUCAAGCAUUACAAAAUUUAUGUGGUGGCUAUUACAAGGCUGUUUGUGGAUUCAGUUUAGAUGGAAAACUAAAGCGACCCUGUGUGGAAUUUGAUAAUGAAAGAGUCCGCUAUGAACAUAGAUUUGCUCCUUUCAACUCUAUCAUAACUCCACCCCCAGUCCCAUACUCUCAAUUUAAAGAUGUGGCAGAAAUGUUGCAGUUCCAUUCAACUCCAACUGACCUUUACAUGGAUGCCUGUAAAUGCUUUCAUCAUGCUCGUCUUAAUCUUGAAACAUUAGCGGAUCCUAACGAAGAGAUGCUGAACUUAUUAAAAGUUGCUAAAACUAAUUUCAUUGUUAUGAAGCUCCUACAUAGCGGACAUAAAGAAGGAUCAAAGGAUCCACCAGAGUUUGAUUUUUCUGUCCAUAAGAAUUUUCCCACACUGAAAGUGAUCUGAAUUGUAUUUUAUGUUUAUAAUGCAUUCUUUCUUUUUUUUUAAUAAAAUUGUACAGCUUUAUUGUAAUUUGACUUAAAUAAAUUCAAAGGUUUGUUUGUUUUUUCAAAUUUA